AUGAAGAACUUACUACCAGCUGUUUUUUAUAUAUUUAGCAAAUUUGUGGUUAGAGCAGUACAAACGCCAAAUCCAUUAUUUUUUUCACCGUGUACAUUUCCAUCUCCAAUCUAUGAACCUCAUCAGUUUCGCUCGUAUUGUAAUCUGAUGCCUCAUCUUCCAUUCAUUUGUGAUUUACAUCAGCAACUUGGCGACUCUGCUUCAACAGUUAUCCUAGAAGCAUUCGAAAAGUUGAGGUCAGUGCUGGUCAGAAAUGAUUCUUCGUUCGCAUUGGGCAUACUUGUUGUACGUCAGUUGGCACCACCAACGAGUUCAUCGGUAGUCUACAGCAAUAAAUAUGAAUAUGGUUGCUUGUUUGAAGAUGAAUGCGUUUAUAUGGAUGCCGAGAAGAUACAACAGUUCGUAAUUAGUGCCCGAACUUUUAUAAAGAUUUAUGCUUCGACUCUGUAUAAGCGCUGGUUUCUUGAGGAUACAACCUAUAAUCAACCCAAUAUUCUGGCUAUAAUUAUUCUUGAUGGUUUGGUGAACGACGUCCGGAAACUACCUUACGUUAAAAUUUACACUGGUGACUUUCGCCUGCUUUCUUCAAUGUUCAAUAUCCAGUCAGAAUGUGUCAACAAUAUCCUUCAAGGCUGGCCGUUGCAUAUGGUAAUCGCUGAUCUAAUCGAGCAACUUGGUCAUUCACUACGCGAAUUCUGCCUUCUUAAUGGCGAUAUCCGGUUACAUAUCGUGCCCUCCUGGGCUAUUCAGAUAUUUAUCUUGUGCAUUGUCGUGUCUUUUUUAGCAAUUUUCGUGGAAUGGUACAUUGUAAGGCGGAAAAUACCUUACAAACGUAGUGUCACCGACAUCCGGUUACAGGCUGACGAUUUGGAUAAAACAUAA